AUGUUGUUAUCAUUAGCCGAUAACCAACUUGAAGGAAAUAUUCCUCAUGAUAUAGGCUCCACACUUCCUAAUCUUAAGUUCAUUUCUUGUACGAACAAUUUGUUUACUGGAAUAAUUCCUACUUCAUUUUCAAACGCUUCAGAACUUCAAGUGAUAGGCCUCUCUGCAAAUUAUUUCAACAGGACGAUGCUGAAAGAUCUUGGAAAACUUUCGGGUCUUAUAGAGAUAAGUGUUUAUCAAAAUCGGUUGCAGGAUGACCUCACUUUUAUUUCGUCUCUAACAAAUUGCACCAGUUUACAGUUUCUUGAAGUGGACCAGAACAAAUUCACAGAACUUUCAUCUUCGCUUGGUAAUUUGACUUCAUUGAUUACUCUCAACUUGGGAGAAAACAACGUCCCCAGAAGUAUACCUCCAAGUUUGGAUCGCAAUGCACUAACCGGUUCUCUUCCAUCAGAAGUUGGGUCUUUGAAAAAUCUUGGAUACAUGGAUGUAUCCUAUAAUAAAUUAUCUGGAUCCAUUCCAAACACUCUAAAGCAACUGUUUGAGUCUGCAAUGGCUUUACUUGGAGGCCAAUUCAUUACAUGGAGAGAUACCUCAAAGUUUGAGAAUGUUGAGGGGCUUAAGAGUGUUGGAUCUUUCGCAAAACAAUUUGUCAGGGAAAAUCCCAAGCUAUAUGGAGAAGUUCCAAUACAAGGAGUGUUUCAAAAUGGGAGUGCAAUUUCAAUUGUUGGAAAUAAUGAGCUAUGUGGAGGGAAGAUCCCAAGUUAUCUAGGCAAGUUUCAACUAGAUAUGUUGAAUUUAUCUUUUAAUAGGCUAUAUGGAGAAGUUCCAAUACAAGGAGUGUUUCAAAAUGGGAGUGCAAUUUCAAUUGUUGGAAAUAAUGAGCUAUGUGGAGAGCUUCUCAAAGCCACUAAUGGAUUCUCAAAGGCUAAUCUAAUUGGUGUUGGGAGCUAUGCUUCAGUUUACAAAGGGAUUCUUGAUCAAGUUCAGAUGGUUGCGGCAGUGAAAGUGCUCAAUCUUCAGACCAAAGGAGCUUUUAAGAGCUUCAUGUCAGAAUGCAAGGCACUAAGAGCGAUAAGGCACCGAAAUCUAUUGAAAACUUUGAGCGUUUGUUCCAGUGUGGAUUUCCAUGGUAAUGAAUUCAAAGCUUUGGUAUAUGAAUUUAUGGCCAAUGGAAACUUGGGCAAUUGGUUGCAUCAAGAUGAAGUUGGAGACCAUGAGCAGCUAGAGGAACCUAGAAAUCUUACACUAAUCCAGAAGCUGGACAUUUCCAUGGAUAUUGCCUCUGCCCUUGAGUAUCUUCAUUGUGGUUGUGAGUCGACAAUUAUUCAUGCUGAUCUAAAGCCAAGUAAUGUUCUUUUGGAUGAUGAGAUGACGAACCAUAUUGGAGAUUUUGGGUUGGCAAAAAUUAUUUCUACCGUUUCAAGCGAUGUGGCACAAGAGUAUGGCAUGGGGGACAUGGCUUCCACACUAGGGAAUGUAUACAGCUUUGGGAUUCUUUUACUGGAGAUGUUUACAGGUAAGAAACCAAUUGACAAUAUGUUUAAGGAUCAUCUAAAUCUUCAUAACUUCGUUAAGAAUGCAUUGCCUGAUCGAGUCAUGGAGACUGUGAAUCCUUGCAUCCUAUUGGAGCAUAACACAAGAAGGUGGAUUAAAGACUGCAUGGUUUCGAUUCUACAAAUUGGGGUUGCAUGUUCAAUGGAAUCGCCAAGAGAUCGAAUGGAAAUGGGGAGUGUUAUUAGUGAAUUGCAUAAGAUAAAAAAUACUUACAUGAAUGAAGGGUUGAACCAAGACUAA